AUGGACUGGACCGAUAGGACAGUCAUUGAAGAUCAGCAGAGUGUGGAUGGGCUGCACCUGCGGAGCGAUCCGCGAUAUGAGCAACCGGCCCACCAGCAGCAGCACCUUCUACAGCAACCGCUCCAGCAGCCGCUCCUUCAGCCGCUACAGCAAGUGUGGCAGUCACAUUUGCCACACGUGUCUCCUCCAGUGCAGCAUAGUCCACCGACACUCGCGAUACCGAUUGCCGACGUAUUACGCCACCGAACGGCCGAGGCCGAUUCCAUAGGAUGCGUGGAGGUACUGGCCACCGUGUGCUCGAUCGUGCUGAUGGUGCUGACCCUGCCGAUAUCGCUCUUCCUGUGCUUCAAGGUCGUACAGGAGUACGAGCGGGCCGUCAUCUUCCGGCUCGGUCGGCUACGGUCCGGGGGCGCCCGUGGCCCCGGUGUGUUCUUCGUGCUGCCCUGCAUCGACAACUACUGCAAGGUCGACCUGCGCACGGUUUCGUUCGACGUGCCACCGCAGGAGGUGCUGACCCGUGAUUCCGUGACGGUGUCUGUCGAUGCCGUGGUCUACUACCGGAUCCGGGAUCCGCUGAAUGCCGUCGUGCAGGUGGCCAACUACAGCCACUCGACCCGCCUGCUGGCGGCGACCACGCUGCGGAAUGUGCUCGGUACGCGCAACCUUUCGGAGCUGCUGACCGAACGGGAAGCCAUCUCGCACUCGAUGCAGGUUACACUGGAUGAAGCCACCGAUCCGUGGGGUGUCCAGGUGGAGCGUGUUGAAAUUAAGGACGUGUCACUGCCGGACUCACUGCAACGUUCGAUGGCGGCCGAGGCGGAAGCGGCCCGCGAAGCACGGGCGAAGGUGAUCGCCGCCGAGGGUGAGAUGAAGUCCUCGCGCGCCCUCAAGGAAGCGUCCGACAUCAUGUGCGAGAGUCCGGCCGCGCUGCAGCUGCGCUACCUUCAGACGCUGAGCAGUAUCGCCGGUGAGAAGAACUCCACGAUCGUGUUCCCGCUGCCGAUCGAGCUGAUCGGCCCACUGAUGAACUUCACCUCGACGCUGGGGGUGGCCCGCACCACCGGAGCCGUUCCACGGCCAGGCCCACCACCCGUCGUUCCGUCCACGACGACGAGCAUCUCGUCACCGCCGGGCGAUCCGGGCCAGCCACCGCCAUCCGAGUAGCAGCAACUCCCGCAAGUGCAUUUACAACGACGCCACCACCAUCAGCACCGACGGCACCACGCGCAGCCGCGCACACGCCUCCAAAAGGCCGCUGCCGCCGCGGCCGCCGCCGCCGAUCGCAAACGGGAGGGCGGAGCCCUCGGAUCCAUCUCGUCGUACUCGCUGUCCUCGGCGGAAGACUCGGCCCUCUGCUCGCCAACCAACCGACUGGCGCGGUUCAUUCUAGAUCUCUAGAAAUCUAGUCGAGGGCGCCGGCCGGCAGCCGGCGAACCUAAGCCUAACGACAUCGAACUAAUCCCCGUGCCCCAGAUCAGGUCCAGAGGUCAUCACGAAGCAGUU